AAUAAAUAAAAAAUAUAUAUAAAUAAAAAAAUGUCAGCUUUAGUUUAUGCAUAUGCAGUUUUAUUAGCAAUUGGCGGUAUUAUUGGAUAUUUAAAAGCAGGUAGCAUGCCAUCAUUGGUUAUGGGUGUAUUAAGUGGAGCUGCAGUUGGCUAUAGUGCAAAUUUAACAGUCACCAAUAGAAGAUUAGGUACACAAUUAACACUUUUCCUUUCAUUUGUAUUGCUUUUAAUUAUGGGUUCAAGAUUUUAUAACUCUCAAAAAUUCAUGCCAGCUGGUUUAGUUGCCUUAUUUUCAUUCAUUGUCUUAGCAAAGACUUUUUUAUCAUAUUCCCAAAUGUAAUUGAUUUAUUUAUUUCCUCACC